AUGUAUUAUCUUUAUAUUUUAGCUACUUAUACAGUUCUCUAUUCGGAAGCUGAUCCAAGUGCUUUAGCAAAAUAUCGUCUAUGGAAAUCAGUUGGUUUUGUUCUAACCUAUAGUUAUGCGAGUUAUGUAACUAUUCGACUUUCACUUAUUCUUCUUCUUGUUUACCUAUCUAUCAGCAUGUUGGGUUAUGGGCUAGUUGAAGUACGUCUUCGUUGGAAAGAAUAUCAAAAAAAGAAAUGCACUGUCACACAUAGUGCAUAG